UUGCCAGAUUCUGCAUACAACAGAACUCUACAUGGGAGGAAAAUGGCGCACAUGAAAUCUAAAAUAGUUACUCCACCGCAGUGAGGUUCUAGUUCUUACGCAUUUGUCUGUGUUUUUACUGUCAUGAUUUAACUUCAAGUAUUCAUCACGUGGGGUCAACUGAGGCCUGACAAGGCGCUACACAGGAAAUCUGGCAACGUUCUCCUUGGUAAAAAAAGCGGCCGGCAACACUGUCAAUAUUGAUAGCGUCACUUGUCUUUCUUCAGCGUCCAGCCGUGCAGCGUCCCCGCUGUCAAGGUACCAUUUUUCCCUGGUAUUCAUUUUGUUCUUGUUCUUGGUGGAAAAAGUGACAACAAACAUUGAUCUACAGUAUUUGCAAAUAUUAUUUCAUUUUCCUCAUUACUCAAGGAUUAAUAGACAUAUUUUAAAAACUAAAUAUGACUAUUGGAGGAACUAUAAAUAAGUCAUACCUCAACAAAAGUAAGAAUACCUAUCCACCUCAAGGAGUUCGUUGCCAAAAAUGCCUGGAGUAUGGCCACUGGAGUUAUGAAUGUAAAGGAAAACGAAAAUAUCUACACAGAUCAUCAAGAACACAACAGCUCAAAAAACGUGUAAAAGCUGAAGAGGAACGAAAAUCUAAUGUUCCUGUGGGAGCUAAUGAGCGAACAAAGGAGAAAAAGAAGGAUUCAAGUGACUCUGACAGUUCAGACAGUAGUUCUGAUAGUUCCAGUGAUUCUAGUUCUAGUAGCUCAAGUGAAUCUACAAGCAGCAGUAGUUCAUCUUCAGAAGAUGAAAAUUAA